AUGAUCACCAAUUUUACAAGGAUGAGAAGUUUCUCCAUCCUUGGAUUUCCAGGACUUUCACCUCAGUAUUAUGGACCUGUGUCAGCUCUCUUCUUGUUCAUCUACCUGGUUAUUGUAGUAGGAAAUAUUUUCAUUUUAGCAUUUGUUGCCUCUGAGAAGGCCCUGCAAAAACCGACCUAUCUGGUCUUCUGUCACUUGGCACUGAACGACUUAACAUUUGGCACCGUGACUCUCCCAAAGAUCAUAUCAAAAUACUGGUUUGAUGACAGCUUUAUUUCAUUUUAUGGGUGCUUCGCGCAGAUGUUCUUUGUCCAUUAUUUAGGAUCAGUGACGUCUUUCAUCUUGCUGGUGAUGGCUCUCGAUCGAUUUGUUGCAAUAUGUUUUCCACUGCGUUAUCCGGUCCUUAUCACAAAUGACAUCACAUCUGUGCUCUGUGGGUUUGCAUGGUUCAUACCGCUGCCUUUGAUGGUAGCUAUUGUACUCCACGUUCUCACUCUGCCUUUCUGUAAAUCAAACGUCAUCGCUCAGUGCUACUGCGACCACAUUUCUAUCACGAGUCAGGCGUGUGGUGAGGAUGUCAGAAAAGUCGGCGUCACUUCUCUGUGCGUGGCCAUGUUUUGCCUUUUGCUUCCUCUUGCGUUCAUCUUCUUUUCCUACACCUCCAUUAUUGUGGUUAUUAUGAAAAUGGCCAAUGUUGCAGGGCGCAAGAAAACCUUAUCAACAUGUACGCCACAAAUAUUCAUCACAUGUCUAUUUUACCUACCCAGGUGUUUUGUUUAUGUAGCAAAUACCGUUGGAUUUUCUUUCAGUUUAGAUGUCCGCAUUUUGUUGAUACUGUUGUACAGUCUUUUCCCUCCUGCUGUUAAUCCAAUCAUCUAUUGCUUCAAGACGCAUGACAUUAAGCAUAUGUUGAUGAAGAGGCUGAGGAGAACUAAAAUCGGCAUAGCAAUCAAGCUUUCAUAUUAA